AUGGCUGCUACUUCCUCGCAGUCGCUCUACCAGAGCGCUGCCAUCUUUGCCGGUGGUCUCGCCAUCGGUGCCGGUACUCUGGCCCUUUCGCGAGCCGCCUUUGCUCCUGCUCACAAGCCUAACAAGUCCAUCAAGCGCAAGGUCUCGGACGCCAAGCUGCGUUCCUCCCCUGCUGCUGUCGCUGCCGCUGAAGGCAAGGCCAUCACCAACAGCAACAACAACACCAGCAACAACAACACCAGCAAAAACAAUACCAGCAACAACAACACCAGCAAAAACAAUACCAGCAACAACAACACCAGCAACAACAACACCAGCACCGCCAAGGACACCCCUCUUGGUGGCAUCACUGGUUCUGGCCGUGUUGACCCUCCUGCCUCCAAGCAGCUCGAUGACGUCGACGCCAAGGGUGCUGGCCCUGUCGCCCCUGCUAAGCCAACUCUUCCUGGCCAUGUCGCUCCCAACGGCGUCGAUGUCACUUCCGGCGGUCAGAAGCUCACCGGCCUCGUCAACGCCCAUCCCGACACCACCGCCCAGCCUGAGCCCUCGCAAGUCAACCGCGCCAAACACCUUGAUGCCCGCAUGGAGCUCGGCAUCGUCAACGGUCCUACUGAGUCCGAGCUUGCCGCCAAGGCUGCUGCCCUGUCCUGGUUGGUUGGCGUCCCCAGCCACAAGCUCACCAGCGCCGGUGCCAUCGACUCAAUUGCCUACGCCAAUAGCACUGCUAUCUUCAGCUACGAGAGCGAGGCCAACGGCGGCUUCGGCUCUUACAGCGAGAAGGAGGCUCAGCACGCCGCUGAGCAGGGCUGGUUCAAGGGUCGUCCCUCGGUCUUCAAGAUGCAGACCCGUUCCGGCGCCGGUAACGCUAUCGUUGGCUACCUCAACUCCAAGAGCGGAUCGUCUUCCACCGAGCCUGCCAAGGUCGUCACUGCCUUGACCAACGCCGCCGGCUUUGCUGCCAUGACUCCCACUCUCGCUUCCUUCAACGGCUCGGAUAACGCCAAACUCGUCCUCCAGGUCUCUGCCGCCAGCCACUCUACUGAAGAAGGCGAGGAGCUCUCCAUCAGCAACGACUACGCCUCGGUCCUCAACGCCGCCGCUGCUCUUGACGACUCGUUCGAGAUCUUCCUCUCUUCCACCCGCCAGGAGGCCCUUGACUUUGCCCAAUACGCCUACCAAUCGCGGAAGAACGUCGUCCAUGUCUUUGACGGCGCCUUCUCCGGACGCGAGGUCGGUGCUCUCACCAUCCCUACCAAGGGCCAGAAGGUCGACGUUCCCGAGCCAUUCCUCUUUACUGGCUCGCCCAAGGCCAAGACUGUCCUCGUCGUCCCCAGUGGCUCUCACAGCCAGGCUGCCCGUGCCGUCCUUGUGACCCUCCCUCCCACCGUGCGUCACAAUGUCGCUCUCCUCUCGGUUCGCAACUUGCGAUCCUGGGACGAUCUCGACCUCCGCAAAGCUCUUCCCAAGUCGGUCGAGAGCCUUCACGUCCUCGAAGAGGUUUCGGGUGCUUCCGCCUCUGGCCAGCUUUACGAGGACAUCGUCUCGGCCGUCUUUGGCGGCGAGUUCGCCGAAUCUGACGUCCCCUCGCACGUCUUCCCGGUCGCCCUUGCUCCCGGUCAGGACCUUUCUGCUGCUGAGCUCCACAAAAUCCUCGAGACCCUCGCCGAUGCUCACAAGUCUGCCCUCAAUGUCCAAGACGUUCUUGACGAAGCUGACGACACCCACGCGGACUUGCUCGCCCUCUCGGGUGCUACCGUCGUCACCUUCUUCGACAGCGAGACCAGCCCCACUGCUCCGCUCGCUCAGCUCACUGCUCGUGCCAUCCGAGACCGCGGUGCCGACACCCAGCUUCACGCUCGUCUCCUUUCGCGAUACGACAACUUCGACGCUUCCGGCAUUGUGCGCUCUGACAUUAUCCUCUCGAGCCGCCCUGAGUCGGCCGCGGACGCUCCCAUCAUCCUUGCCGCCGAAGAGAAUGCCGCCAAGGUGCUUGUCGUCAGCGACCCUGCCACCACGCUCAAGAGCUAUGCUCCUUUCCAGUCGCUCGUCCGUGGCGGUACUGUGAUCUUCAACACUCCUGGUUGGGAGGUUGCCGAGCUCGACUCCAAGCUCCGCGCCGAGGACAAGCGCGUGCUUGCCCAGAAGAGCGCUCGUCUCUUGCUCGUUGAUGCCUCGGCUGUCGUCGAGAAGCUCAACACCAAGACUGCCAACGCCAGCGGCGGCAAGGCUAAGGUUGGCGACAAUGUCGUACCCUCCGAGGUCGCUGCCGCCGUCCUCCUAGUUGCUGUCCUUCGUGUUCAGCUCAACACAUCUGGCGCAGCUCUCGCCGCUUUCCUCAAGCGUGUCAUCGGUACCGCCCCUGUCGGCAUCGACGGUGUCGAGGGUCUCGUCUCGGCUGCCGAGAGUGCUAUCCAGCUCCACGCCUUCAGCGAUGACGAAUGGUCCAAGGCUGAGCCCAUCUCGGAGGCCGAGGAGAACGCUCCUUUGCGCCCCACUCAGAUCCGCUACAACGGCUUCGGUGCCAACCCUGACGCCGCUACCGUCGGUCUCGAGGUUGCUUCCACUCGCAGCACCUGGGCUCAGUCCGCCUGGCAGCACCUCUUCUCCGAGGCUUACGACACCCAGGCCGAUGCCCUCCGUCCCGACCUGCCCGAGCAGACCUGGGUCGUCGAGGUCACCGAGAACCGUCGCCUCACUCCUAUCGACUACGACCGAAACGUCUUCCACAUGGAGCUUAGCACCAAGGGCACUGACCUCAAGUACGAGGUCGGCGAGGCUCUUGGUGUCCACGGCUGGAACGACGACGAGGAGGUCGCCGAGUUUAUCAAGUGGUCUGGCUACGACGCCGACGAGGUCGUCAACGCUCCCAGCAUCACCACUGCCGGCAAGCAUGAGAGCCGCACUGUCUUCCAGACCUUGCAGCAGAACCUCGACAUCUUCGGUAAGCCACCCAAGCGCUUCUACGAGGAGCUUGGCAAGCUUGCCACCAAUCGUGACGAGGCUCGAUGGCUCCGCUUCAUCAGCUCUGCCGAGGGAUCGUCUACCUUUAAGAAGCUCUCGGAGAUCGAAACCGUUACGUACGCCGACGUGCUUCGCAUGUUCCCCUCGGCUCGUCUGCCCAUCGACCAGCUGCUCACCUUGGUUGAGCCUAUCAAGCCUCGUCACUACUCGAUUGCCUCGGCUCAGUGUGCUGUUGGCGAGUCGAUCCACCUGCUCAUCGUCACCGUCGACUGGAAGACGCCUAGCGGCAGCCCGCGAUACGGUCAGUGCACGCGCUACCUCUCGCAGCUCAAGCCUGGUGCCAAGGUCGCUGUUUCGCUCAAGCCUUCGGUGAUGAAGCUUCCUCCUAUCGACUCCCAGCCCAUCAUCAUGGCUGGUCUCGGUACUGGUGCUGCUCCCUUUCGUGCCUUCAUCCAGGCUCGUGCCUACAAGAAGGCUCAGGGUGCCGAGGUCGGUCCUCUGGUCUACUACUUCGGUUCUCGUUACCGAUCAGCCGAGUACUUGUACGGAGAGGAGCUCGAGGCCUACACUCAGGACGGUGUCAUUGAGCACAUGGGUCUCGCCUUCUCCCGUGACACUUCCAAGAAGGUGUACAUCCAGCACAAGAUUCUCGAGGACGGUGACUUGCUCACCCGGUACCUUGGUCCUGAAAUCGAGAAGCUCGAGGCUGCCGGUGGCAAGGCCGAGGUUGUGCUCCAGGACGGUCUCAUUAACGACGAGCACGUCGAGGACGGCAAGAAGGGCUACUUCUUCGUCUGUGGUCCCACCUGGCCCGUUCCCGACAUUCACGAGGCCCUUGUCGGUGCCUUUGUCAAGAAGGGUCUUACCAAGGAGCAGGCCGAGCAGAAGAUGGAGGCUCUCAAGGAGGACGAACGAUACGUUCUCGAGGUCUACUAA